UUGACCAGAUCGACACGUUGACAUCUGACCUGCAGCUGGAGGAUGAGAUGACAGACAGUUCCAAAACAGACACACUCAACAGCAGCUCCAGCAGCACAACAGCCUCCAGCCUGGAGAAGGUGAAGGUGCGGGGCAGUACUCCACUCAUCAAGCCGCCUGUGCAUUCCUCUGCUAUCCUCACCGUGCUGCGGAAGCCAAAUCCGCCUCCCCCCCCUCCACGACUGACACCUGUCAAGUGUGAAAAGCCUCUGAGGCCACCCCCUUCGGCCAACCCUGUCAAGACUAAUGGUACCCUGCCACGAAAUGGACCCAGCCAUAUCCCAAAUGGGGAUUUGUGCUGUAUACCAAACAGUAAUUUGGACAGUGUCGCGAUUCCACCUCUAAUGCACAGACCUGAGAAAGAGCGGUGUCCUCAGGCAGGAGCGAGGGAACGGGUACGAUUUAGUGAAAAAGUGCAGUAUCACGGCUAUUGCCCAGACUGUGACGUUCGAUAUAACAUUAAAAACAGGGAGGUGCACUUGCACAGCGAGCCUGCCCAUCUUCUGAGAGCGCUGCCUCAUCAGUGCCCUCCUCUGCCACCCCCACCGCCUCCGCUGCCUCCGUUUCCUCUAGAAAAUGGAGGGCUGGGGAUAAGUUCCAGUAACAGCUUUCCUCCUCCGAGACCUGUUACUGUGCCUCCACAAACUGCAGCAAAACCCCAGAAGACCAUCUUGAGGAAGUCGACCACUACAACAGUGUGAUGUAUGCCACUUGAAAAAAACUUUGUUUUUUUUUGUAUGUAUAGAUAGGUAACAAGCACUUUCUACUUGAGCAAUAAAAAGACCCAGUGUAUUACUCCCAGUGUAUCCAGUGAAGUGGCAUAAAAAUCACACGUUUCCUAUCUGCAGCAUCGUUUAAAAGGAAGUGGAAAGAAAGAUCAGUUUGAAAGUACAGAGUGCUGAUUCCUGUUAGAUUUUCGUCUGUCCAGCUUAGUGGAGUAAGCAUUGCUGCUGAAUUCUGGGAAGCUUUCUGUUUCCAGCCACUGUGCUUUAAAAUGCCAUUUGACAAAACAAAGUGGAGUGGCAGAUAACACUUUUGACUGAAUUCUAGCAAAGACAUUCUCCUCUGCCUCAUUGCUUGAGUGAAGGCAUUGUGUGUGGAGCCAUUCAAUAGGAAGCAAUCACCGGAAUUUCAGGCAGCUUGACCUUUGAUGAGGGAGUAAAGAAGUAAUUGAAAG